GAACUUUUGACGGAUAUUUCAAAAAUGUAUUGAUGACUUCUAGAAUUCCAAUUUUGACCAAGUCCAUGAAAAGAAUAGUAGCUUUCGGAAAUCCUCUAUUGGACACAUCUAUCUUGUUGAGUGAUACUAGUUUAUUGAAGAAAUUCAACCUCAAAGAAAAUGACCAGAAAGAAGUACCUGAAAAUGAGUUGAAGACUCUCUUUCGGUAUGUACUAGAUAGCGAGCACCAUGUGAAUGCAGGCGGUUGUGCUCAAAACUGUAUAAGGGUAAUGCAGUGGAUGAUGAGAAAACAAUGUGAUGCAACUAUAUUUGGGUCAGUCGGUAGCGAUGAAGAAGCAACCAUUCUCAGGAAAUUAUUGGCGAAUGAUGGUGUUAAAACUAAGUACAUUGUCCAAAAGCACUUGCCAACAGGGAAGACAAUAGCGCUGGUCAAAGGAGAAAACCGGUCAUUGGUUGCUCAUAUUGGAGCAGCUGAGAAACUUCCACUGGAUGCUCUUCUUGCCGAAGACCAGUUUCAUGAAUCGAUGGCAAAGUCGGACUUUAUUUAUAUAGAAGGUUUUUUCCUCACAAAUCGAGUAGAAACUGCUAAAUACCUUGUAAAUUGUGACUAUCACAGAAAAACCAUUCUGUUCAACAUCGCUGGACGAUACGUAUGUAACCUCCUACCAGACACUAUGAAAUAUUUCGUAGAACGCUCUGAUGUUGUUUUUGGUAACAAAGAAGAAUUUGAAGCUGUAACAAACAUCAUGCAUUUCCAAAGCAUAAGAGAUUUAGCCCAAGUUCUAUUGAAAAAUGGUAGGAACAAAAUGAAGAAAUAUGGAAACAUGCUAGUCAUAACCGAUGGACCUGAUCCAGUUUUAUGCUUUUACGACAGAGGGAAAUCGUACAAGUUUGAGGUUCCGAAGAUGAACGAGACAGAUAUUAAAGAUACUACAGGCGCAGGUGACGCUUUUGCUGGGGGGUUCAUAGCGGCCCUUUGGAGUGAUUUAAGUAUAGAAGAUUGUGUUAGAACUGGUUGUUAUGCUGCUCAACAAAUUAUAAGGCAGGUUGGUUGUUCGUUGCCUAAAUUUUAUCCAGAAAUUCUUGAUGGUAAUUAAACACUUGUUAGAACGACAGCACUGCACGUUAAGAGCAAAAACAUUUUGUGAUAUAGUGAAUUCACAAUAUUUGAGGAUUUCAAAUGAAAUAGUUACGAAAAUAAAAAUAGACUUCGUCACUUCAA